ACCUUACAUUUGUAUACUGUAGUAAAGUGCAGUUAUCUUAGAGAUAAACACUAUAAAUUGACUAUGUAGCUACUGUGCAUGAAGAUCAAUCACUCCCAAAGACUGUUGCUGAUGAGAGGAACUCACGCAUACAGUUUACUUGAUUGUUGCUGAUGAGAGCAUCUCGCGAGUGUAACAAUUUUGACUGACAGUUCUCAACUUUCAAACACGAGCGUGAUAAAGGACUUCUGUCAAACAUUCCCGCCACCUGGAUAAAUCUCAGGUGGCAAGUCAUUUUUCAUAUUGAUAAGCUGAAGGUCAUCAUAACUAGCGUUGCAACAUUUUAUAUACAAUUUCUAUUUUUAUAGGGCUGUCAAGUCAGUGAAAGAAGCGACCUAAUUCUGUCGCUGUUGAUCACAUCUUUCAGGAGCUAUAGCUUACGUUCGCUAGCCAACUAACUGAGCGCUUGCUAAUAUUUUCUGACGUAAGACAUUUCCAAUUAUAGCUAGCUAGCAAGGUUGCUGAAACAAAAACAAUAUCUACUUCAAGAGAUAGCUACAUUGCGCCUAUCAAGAUGAAAGCCGCCGAGGAUCAAGUUGUGGAGGAUGAGUCCGGAUACCAAGAUGAUGAGGAGUCCUUUUUCCAAGACAUAGACACCCUGCAGAAGCAUGGAAUUAACAUGGCAGAUUUAAAGAAGCUGAAGUCUGUGGGUAUCUGCACAGUGAAGGGGAUCCAGAUGACCACACGCAGAGCCCUGUGUAACAUCAAGGGCCUUUCGGAGGCCAAGGUGGACAAGAUCAAAGAGGCUGCUGGGAAAAUGCUGACCAAAGGUUUCCUGACAGCAUUUGAAUACAGUGCGAAGAGGAAACAAUUGUUCCGCGUCACCACUGGAAGCCUGGAGUUUGAUAAACUACUUGGGGGAGGUAUGGAGAGCAUGGCAAUCACUGAGGCAUUUGGAGAGUUUCGGACAGGCAAGACCCAGCUCUCUCACACGCUCUGUGUCACAGCCCAGCUUCCUGGAGAGGACGGCUACACAGGAGGAAAAGUCAUCUUCAUCGACACAGAGAACACUUUUCGUCCAGACAGGCUAAAGGACAUAGCAGACAGGUUCAACGUGGACCAUGAUGCUGUGCUGGACAACGUGUUAUACGCCCGAGCCUACACCAGUGAACACCAGAUGGAGCUGUUGGAUUUUGUGGCGGCCAAAUUCCACGAGGAGGGAGGUGUCUUCAAACUUCUGAUCAUAGACUCCAUCAUGGCUCUGUUCCGGGUAGAUUUCUCUGGCCGAGGGGAGCUGGCAGAGAGACAACAGAAGCUGGCCCAGAUGCUCUCCCGUCUGCAGAAGAUCUCUGAAGAGUACAAUGUUGCAGUGUUUGUCACCAACCAGAUGACUGCAGACCCUGGAGCUGGGAUGUCGUUCCAAGCUGAUCCCAAGAAGCCGAUUGGAGGGCACAUCCUGGCGCAUGCGUCCACCACACGAAUCAGCUUGAGGAAAGGACGUGGAGAGUUGAGGAUCGCCAAGAUAUUUGACAGUCCUGAUAUGCCUGAGAACGAGGCCACUUUCGCCAUCACUCCGGGUGGAAUUGCUGAUGCCAAAGAGUGAAAGACCCUCAUGGAUUCACCAGUAGGCAGCUUUUUUUCAAAUCGUAACUGAUUUGAAUACUGAUACUGUUUAUCUGUACUAUUUGAUGUUUGUUAUUACUAUAACUUAUUACAAUUAUAUAUACAAAAAAUGUUUUGAGUAUAGUAAAAUAAAGGAUGUGUAUACUCUGAUUAUUAUACUGUAAUUAAUGUUCAUAUUUACCGGUAUACUGAGUGGAGAUCGACAGCUUUAUAUUCAACCCCACCUUCCAGAAUGCAUUGUUCUGUAGUUCCAGGCCCCCUCGAGGAGUCCUCCUAGCGGUUCGUUGUGGAACUGUACGUUCACAUCUCUCGCUCUCGUCGGUCUCGUCUCCGUGAGACACCGGCUCACCAUAUGCCUACCAAAACAAGACACAGUGAAACAACGCGAAGUAUUUAAACAUAAGUAGCAAGAUAACA